CUGGACAGCAAUCCGAACUCGGAUGCACUGGCCAGGUAGACAGGAAAAGCCCCGCGAACAUUUGAACUUCAUUUCCUGUUUGCCCAGCGUGGAGAGCACAGGUGACCACAGAUACCUCAUCAGCACAGGUAACCAUGCAGGCUGAUAAUCGAAAAAGAGCACCAGCAUGGACCGUGAGGGAGGUACUGGAUCUGAUUGCUGUAUGGGGAGAGGAUUCAGUGCUUGCAGAACUUCGUUCUAAAAGACGAAAUGCAAAAACUUUUGAAAAAAUUUCCAAGGGCAUGAUGGAGAGAGGCCACAAUAGGGACUCUGAGCAGUGCCGCGUGAAGGUCAAGGAGCUCAGACAAGCCUAUCAAAAAACAAAGGAGGCAAACGGUCGCUCCGGGUCAGAGCCGCGGACAUGCCGCUACUACGCCGAGCUGCAUGCAAUUCUAGGGGGGGCUGCCACCACUACCCCACCUUUGUUCGUGGAUUCUGGGUCGGGGAUAGUCUCGACGCCUGAGGAUUCUGCCGAUGGGGUAGAGGAGGAGGAGGAGGAUGAGCUUGCAGAGAGCACACAGCACUCCAUUCUCCCCAACAGCCAGGAUCUUUUUAUCACCCUGACUGAAGUACCCUCCCAAGCCAGUACCCAAGACUCUGACCCCAUGGAAGGGACCUCAGCAGCUGCAAAUUCCUCAAGCCUCCCUCCUCCAUCCCGAAGGUUAUCACAGAUAAAGCGUCGUAAGAAGAAGACGCGGGAGGACAUGUUUUCUGAAAUUAUGCAAUCCAGCAGGAGUGACAGAGCUCAUCUGAAUGAGUGGAAGGAAACAGUUUCAAAGUAUAGGAAAGAAGUCAGUGAACGUGAGGAGAGGAGGGACCAACGUGAGGAGAGGAGGGACCAACGUGAGGAGAGGAGAGAUGAUCGAGAUGAGAGAUGGCGGCAGGAAGACCAGAGGAUGAAGGAUGCAACGCUGGGGCUGCUCCGGCGUCUGGUGGAGGUUCAGGAACGGCUGCUGGAAAACAGACUGCCGCUUCAGCCCCUGUUCCACCCUCCCCCCUCCCCAUGUUCCGUAUCCUCCUCACCCAGACGUGUAAGAACGCGGGGGGGGAGGCUCCGUACACCUUCCCAUUCCACCCCAGUAGACAGCCCAAGCAAAAGGCUGUCAUUUUUUUAACCUUUUCUUUGUGGCUUUUUCCUUCCCAGCAAUCCUCCUCCCAAAUACCA